AUGACUGGUUUUAACCUCGAGACCUGCGCGCGUUCCAAUAUAUUGGCUUUGCAGCCAUAUCACUGCGCUAGAGAUGACUACAACGUCUCUACUUCGGACGCUCUACUAGAUCUCAAUGAAAAUGCGUUUGGGCCUGCUCUUCCCGCGGAGAUCACGGCUGUGGACAAGGACAUUCACCCUCUGGAUCUGCACCGCUACCCAAGUCGCCUACAAGAAAAGCUGAAGCAGCAGUUGUGCGACUUUCGCAAUACUUAUAUCCACACUGCCAAGGACCUAGUCCCGGAAAAUGUCUUCCUUGGCAUCGGCAGUGUCGAAAGCAUUGAUGCUCUGAUUCGGUGCUUUUGCAUCCCUGGAGAGGAUCACAUUCUGAUUUGUCCACCCACGUACGGCAUGUAUGCUGUAUCUUCCCAAGUCAACAAUGUCGGUGUCGUAUCCGUUCCGCUAAAGGAAGCACCUGAUUUUGCUCUGGAUAUGGACGGCAUUCUUGCCGCCUUGACUAGGACGCCAACCAUCAAACUUACGUAUCUCACUUCUCCGGGGAACCCGACAGGUUCGCUCCUGGCCAAAUCUGAUGUCGAAACGAUUCUUGCUCACCCAACGUGGAACGGAGUUGUCGUUCUCGACGAAGCAUAUAUUGACUUUGCAGACGACGACGCCUCCCUCGCCGGUCUCGUCACGGAGUACCCAAACCUCGUUGUCUUGCAAACGCUUUCCAAGGCUUUUGGACUCGCUGGUAUCCGUCUUGGAGCGACAUUUGCGCCAAUUCCCAUUGCGAACCUCUUGAACAACCUAAGAGCGGCAUGGAAUAUCCCAAGUCCCACGAGUAUUCUGGCAAGCUACGCCUUGUCCGAGGAAGGUAUCGCUGCAAUGGUCGCCAACAAGCAAAAAACCAAGUUGCAAAGAGACCGACUGGUCGACCAGCUGCCCCGAAUUAGCGGUGUUGGACGCAUUCGCAGCGGAAGCCACAGUAACUUUCUAAUGUUUGAAAUUCUUAACACUCGUGGAGAGCCUGAUAAUGCCGUGGCUGCGGUAGUAUACGACAGGCUUGCGGCCACUAGGGGUGUGAUUUUGCGUUAUCGGGGAAGCGAGCCGGGGUGUCUUGGUUGUCUCAGAAUCUCGAUUGGCACAGAAGACGAAACAACGAGAUUCUUAGUAGCCCUUCAUCAAGUCCUGCAGGGCAUGGGGAACGACGUGUAUCAGAAAGUUGAGGCUGGGAGCCUGACUGCAAAGGAACCUGCCAAAGAAAUGGUGGAUGAUGCAGAUGGUCUCAAGGUGUAUUAG